UCCAACGAAGCCUCUGUUUCCGGCAAGAAAGCGCUCGUCAAAGAACUACACCACGACGAGAACGAGUCGAGUGCGUCUCCAUGGAAAAUCUUGACAAUGCCACCGAUCUCCUCCUCGAAAUCGCCAAUCUCUCCUCUCCCUACACUUCUUCGCCGCAAAGAGUAGGCGCGUUCUUCGCUCAAGCACUCCUCUGUUUGGUUGCUGAGAAAAUGGAGGAGAAUUGGUCGAAACGUUUGCGAUACAAGUUGGCAUCAAAUUUAGUGCUUUCAACGGAGAAGGAACAAUGUUCCAAAAUUAUAGAAAAUGCUUCAACGGAAAAGGAACAACAAUCCAAAGAAAUUAUAGAAAAUGCUAAAAAAAUUCCACCACAUGAUUAUUUUUGAUCACCCAAAUGACAGUGAUUUGUAUAAAAUGAUGAAUGAGAGAUUUUUUAUGAUUUAGUGAAUUUUUUUUUCAAUGGAUGAAUGAGAGGUUUUUUAUGAUUUAGUGAAUUGUCUUAUACCUAGAAAAAAUGACUUCUCAUGUAAGAUAAUCUUUUUGCAUGAAUGUGCAUGAUUGUCCAUAAUAUCUAGAUCAAUUAUGAAUGUCCUCUCCAUUGAUAAUAAUUAUGAUGGAACAAUAAA